AUGGUUGGACUCGAAGGUGCUCGACACUACGCCAUCCUCGCAGCUUCGAGCACCCUGUUGCGCGCUCCGGCGUCCGGAGCGGCGUCGCACUACCGACCCUUCUCGAGUGAAGAUGAGGCGGCGCUAGCUUCGGUGCUGUCGAGCAAGCCGCGCCAUGUCGCGCGCCACAUCCGACAGUCGAUGCUCCACUCGCGGCGCCGCAUCGCCCAGUUCCGGAAUGCCGUGACGUACCUCAUGAUUUCACUUCAAUCGAAGCUGCAGCGCAAAGAGAUGCUGCCCGACGACGCCACCGCGAUCAUGGAAAGCCUUAUGCGCGAGUGCGUCGACCUCCGUCAGGGGGACAUGGCUCACCUUCUCUUUCGCGCUGCUAUUCGGUUUCGAAAGUAUGGACUGAAGAUGACGUUCCCGUUUGUGCGGUACCUGUACGAGUCUUACAAGCGAGAGAGCGCCAAGGAGCUGAUGCGCAGCAUGGCCGAGGAGCUCAAGACGCAGGAAGAGAUGAAGGUGCUGGCGGUGCUGGCGUAUCAGUUCAGUGGCCAGCGAGAAGAGAGCGUCGCCUUGUGGGAGGCGGUGCCGAAGGACAAGGUUACCACAAACGACUACUGUGCCGUGCUGGACGGUAUGGGGAUAACUGGCUGCUUCAACGACGUCGUCGACUUUGCCGAGCGAGUGAUCGAGGACGUCAUCGCCAAGCGGCGGCAUGGGAUCGACCUGCACGUUGUGGUGUCGCACGCGGCAAUCGCGAGUCGCGGCAGCAGUGCGGCACUGCACUCUGUUGUCCGCCUUGCGAAGGACCACCAACUCACUCUCUCUGACAGCGCCGUCGGCGCCAUUGCACGGUCUCGAUUGCAGGAGAGGAGCGUAACGUCGAUGGCGGAUGUGUACAAGGUCGAGGCGGCACUGUGCGCCGAGCUUAACCGCGUGUCGCUCGGAAUGGCGGGUGACUCGGCUAUCAUUGCGAAGUCGAGCGAGCUCAUGGCGCGCAGCCACGAAUCCGUCGAUGACGUGAUGCUGCAAAAGGUAGGGCACCUUCGCCGCAUGGUGGAGGACGCCAUCACGAAUGACACCAUGGACGACCUCGACCCUCUCUUUGCGUCGUCGCUGCUCCGAGGCUUCGGUGUUUUGGGGCGAUUUGAGGAGAUGCGCAAGUGCUUUGAUCUCCUCGACAAGGUCGGCGUCGUGAAGGACCACAAACUCUACGAUGAGAUGCUGCGAUGGUACGCCCACGCGUACAACCUGAAGGAAGUAAUCGCCCUGAAAGAGGAAAUGACCCGGAAGGAGGUGUACCACACGACGCAAACGUACCAGAACGUCUUUCGUGUCCUGGACCGCUACUAUCCCCGACUUGUCGAGAAGUACCUGGCGGAGAUGCGCGGCCGAGGGAUGCAGGUGGACGGCUCCAUGUAUCCGACGCUGGUGCGCGUGUUUCACGCGCUCAGCGACCACGUCAAAGUCGAGGAGCUGUUCCGAGAGGCGAAGCGGAAGGCGGAGAAGGGGGCGACAUACAACAUGAGUCCGUCGCUCAUUGUACAAAUGCUCCGCUGCUACCCAAAGGACGUUGUCCGUGGCGACGCGAUCGUGCGCGACGCCGAGCAGUACGGCCUCCUCGCCAACGAGACGGUGCAGGCAGAGGUGCUGAAUUACUACGCGAUGAACGACCGGCCUGACGCGAUGGAAGGCUUCUUGGCGCGGCUACCGUACAAGACGGCGAACGUGUACCGCGUGCUGCUGCGCAAUGCGACGCAGCACCGCAACCGCGCACAGUUCAACGCAGUCUUGAAGGAGAUGGAGGCGAAGCAGGUGCCGUUGAAUGAGCGGCUCUUUAGCGUCAUCGUCACUUCGCUGGCCCACUUCCAGGACACAGAAGGGGUCCGCGAAUACGUGCACAGGGCGCUAGGCAGCAACCAGAUUCACACUCCACUCUUCUUCGCCGACGUCGCGUCGGCAUUCGAGAGGCUCGGCGACGCGGACGCGGUGGAUCAGUGCUGGGCGGGCCUUCUCGAAAGCAAGAUGACUGUGACGAUGCCGGUGUACAAUCGCUUUCUGGACGUGUACAUGACGCUCAACAACAUGGCGAAAGUGCAGGAGAUUUUGGACACAAUGAUGAAGCUGGUGCCGCCGAAUCCGGUGACCGCCACGACAGUGGUGGACAUGCUGGGUAAGAUGGGGCGCCUGACCGAGAUGGAGGCGAUCCUCGACGAAAUGUCCAAGUCUACAAACGCUGUGCCGACGCUGGUUACGUACCAUCAGGCCAUGAACGCGUACGCAAAGUGUGGGGACGUGGCCAAGAUGGAGGCCGUGCGCGAAAAGCUGAAACUGGAGGGCUUUCAAGAAAACGCCGUGACAUACAACAUUUUGUUCGAAGGCUACGGCCGGGCAAAGCGGUUCGAGCACCUGCUGGAGCUUGUGGAGGAGCGCAAGGCGCGUGGGAUUCCGAUGGAGGAGUUCGGAUACGUUGUGUUGCUUAACACGUAUGCCCGGGCCCGCAUGCCCACCGAGGCCGAGGCACUGGUGGAUGAGAUGGUGAGUGGCAGCAACGUCGUCUUGAGCAGUCGCUUGCUUGCCACCGUCGCCUCCACCUUCAGCCAUAUCGGCAACGUCGAGCAGAUGCAUCGGUACAUUGCGUUGCUACUCUCGCACCCCGAUUGCCGGGUGCGAGACGUCGAGUCUGUGUACAGCAUCUAUGCGCGCUUGAGGGACACCGUCAAGUUGCAGGAGCUGCUGGACGCUGCAAAGCUGCCGAAGACCGCCCUCAUCUACAACACCUGCGUCAGCGCCUUUGCCCGCGCCGGCGAGCAUGCGAAAGUGGCGUUUCUUUUGACGGAGAUGGAGAAGCAGGGAUUCGUCUUGAGUCGCAACACGAGCAUCGUUUUGAGUAGUUUGCUGCUGAAGGCGGGCAAGCUGGAGCUGGCACAGACAGUGCUGAAGUGGAAGGGGCUGGCCACACCAGACGUGGAGGCGGGCAAAGCGGCUGCCGCUAAUGGCGCAGCGUCGUUUUCGUCGCUCGCACAUGUCGGCACUCCCUUCUGCCCUUCGGCGGAGGAGGACGGAGAAGUGGAUGCCGCCGAAGCAGACCUAUUGCUGCGAGACAUGGAUGAUCACGUGGUUGGUCGCACCCACGAAGUCGAGAGGGACGAGCCCAUGUGCAGAUGA